AUGUUACUUACUAUUAUCGUAUUUUACUCGUUCAUUGUACGUUGCCUAAAGCGAGAAAAUAAAUUAAUUGCAUCGAAUCGAUCAUUUAAAACUGAUUCGUCAUCCAAUUCAAUAUCAUCAAGCUCAACGACAACAAGUUCAACAACGUCGAGUCUUGCAAAUUCAAUAGCAUAUAAUCAUUUAAGUAAGAAUCAUCAUAAAGACACGAUAGGAGCAAUAAAUCGUGAUAAAGACGAUCAUAAUAACGAGGAAGUGGAAGGUGAUAAAGUAAAAGAUAAAGAUCCAAAUGAUAGUGGCAAAGAGCCAUAUUCUGAUGAUGAGGUUGCUGAUGAUAAUCAGUUUGAUGAAGAGGAAUUUUAUAAUAUAAUUGCAACAAAAGCAGCUGCCUUUCAAUCAAAGCGAAACAGUAGCACGUCUACUGUCUCAAGCGGAUCGAUGUAUGAUGACACAUAUCGUACAAAGCGUCAUAGUUUACGCUCGCAAUCGUCAACUUGCUCUGAUAUUAUGGAAACAUCCGUGAUGAGUAGUACACGUCGUAGCUCGGAGGAAAGUUGUCGAUUACAAAAUCGUAAAUUAAAUUAUAAAAGCAGACGACAUGGCUUCCAGACACUUAGCAAACGACGGAGAACAACUGGAAGCUUUGAUGUUGAAAAUGGACAGGGUUCGCGAUCACCGCUUGAAGGUGGCUCGCCUGCAGCCGGCCUCAUACUUCAAAAUAUGCCACAGCGGCGUGAAUCAUUUCUUUAUCGAUCUGAUUCGGAUUUUGAGAUGUCACCAAAAUCUAUGUCACGAAAUUCAAGCAUUGCGAGCGAAAGAAUUAAGGAAGCUGAAUCGGCACAAACACCAGCUGUUGGUGGUGAACGAGCUCAUACGGAAGAUUUAAUCGUCACUCCGUUUGCACAAAUUUUAGCGAGCUUACGCUCAGUUCGAAGUAAUUUGUACAAUCUCACCAAUGUUACACCAUCAUCAACAAGACCUCGCAAAACACAGCCAUCAGCAUCGUCACAACAGCUGCCAAUCUCACGAAGCGUUGCUCCUGGCGAGGAUGGUUACGUUCGCUUAGCAAUGGAUACAAUUGAUGAACUUGAAUGGUGCUUGGAUCAACUGGAAACUGUACAAACGCAUCGAAGCGUUUCAGAUAUGGCUUCCCUUAAAUUCAAACGUAUGCUGAAUAAAGAGCUAUCACAUUUGAGUGAAUCGAGUAAAUCGGGCAACCAAAUAUCAGAAUUUAUUUGCUCUACAUUUUUGGAAAAGCAACAAGAGGUUGAUGUACAAACAUUUGAUAAUCAACCACCACCAUCAUCAUCUUCAUCAUCGAAUGCCCAAAAAGCUCGUUCACCACGCACAAUGUCACAAAUAUCGGGCUUUAAACGUCCAUUGAUGCAUACAAACUCAUUCACAAGUGAUCGCUUACCAAUUUAUGGUGUUGAGACACCUCAUGAGGCCACAUUGGGUGCAAUGUUAAAUGAUGUAAAUACAUGGGGCAUAGAUAUCUUUAAAAUUGGAACGUUGAGCUGUAAUAGACCGUUGACAUGCGUUGCCUAUCAAAUUUUUCAGGAGCGUGAACUACUCAAUACGCUUAUGGUGCCGGCCAAAGUUUUUCUCGCAUUUAUGAGUACAUUAGAGGAUCAUUAUGUCAAAGACAAUCCAUUUCAUAAUUCAUUGCAUGCUGCCGAUGUGGCGCAAAGUUGCAAUGUUCUUCUUAAUACGCCAGCAUUAGAAAAUGUCUUUACACCAUUGGAGAUUUGUGCUGCAUUGUUUGGUGCUUGUGUUCAUGAUGUUGAUCAUCCUGGUCUAACAAAUCAAUUUCUUAUCAAUUCGAGCUCUGAGCUGGCAAUAAUGUACAAUGAUGAGUCUGUGCUCGAAAAUCAUCACUUAGCCGUUGCCUUUAAAUUACUGCAAAAUGAAGAAUGUGAUAUCUUUCAGAAUCUUCAAAAAAAACAACGUCAGACGUUGCGUAAGAUGGUAAUCGAUAUGGUUUUGUCAACUGACAUGUCAAAGCAUAUGUCAUUGCUAGCAGAUUUAAAGACAAUGGUGGAAACGAAAAAAGUUGCUGGAUCUGGUGUCCUUUUAUUGGAUAAUUAUACUGAUCGCAUUCAGGUGCUGGAAAACUUGGUGCAUUGUGCAGAUUUAAGCAAUCCAACAAAGCCGUUGCCACUGUAUCGACGCUGGGUGUCAUUACUGAUGGAAGAGUUCUUUUUGCAGGGCGAUAAGGAACGUGCGGCUGGCAUGGAUAUUAGUCCAAUGUGUGAUCGCCAUAAUUCAACCGUGGAGAAAUCUCAAGUUGGAUUUAUUGACUAUAUUGUACAUCCGCUGUGGGAGACAUGGGCUGAUCUUGUACAUCCCGAUGCACAAGAUAUUCUCGAUAUGCUCGAAGAGAAUCGUGAUUAUUAUCAAAGUCUGAUACCACCAUCACCUACCGAAAUGGAUGAUGACAAAAUACGCUUUCAAGUAACUUUAGAGGAAGAAAGUAUCUCAGAUAACGAUGAUGGGAAGGAGGAGGACGAUGAGGAUGAAGCUCCCGCUGGUUCGUCCCAUCCAGAAGAUAUAGCAGAAGAAGCUGAUGAUGAGUAA